UCCUCCUCGCUGGGGGCCAGGACGCCUGGAGGUUGCCAGGCACCUACAUGGUGGUGCUGAAGGAAGAGACCCACCGCUCGCAGACGGAGCGCACCGCCCGCCGCCUGCAGGCCCAGGCCGCCCGCCGCGGCUACCUCACCAAGAUCCUGCACGUCUUCCACGACCUUCUCCCCGGCUUCCUGGUGAAGAUGAGCCGUGACCUGCUGGAGCUGGCCCUGACCCUGCCCCACGUCCAGUACAUCGAGGAGGACUCCUUCGUCUUUGCCCAGAGUAUCCCGUGGAACUUAGAGCGGAUUCUCCCUGCGCGGCGCCAGGCGGAUGAACACCACGCUCCUACUGGAGGUGGCCUGGUGGAGGUAUAUCUCUUGGACACCAGUAUCCAAAGCGGCCACCGGGAAAUUGAGGGCAGGGUGGUCGUCACUGACUUCGAGAACGUGCCCGAGGAGGAUGGGACACGCUUCCACAGACAGGCGAACAAGUGCGACAGCCAUGGCACCCACUUGGCAGGGGUGGUCAGUGGCCGGGAUGCCGGCGUGGCCAAGGGCGCCAGCCUGCGCAGCCUGCGUGUGCUCAACUGCCAAGGGAAGGGCGUGGUGAGCAGCACACUCACAGGCCUGGAGUUUAUUCGGAAAAGCCAGCUGGCCCAGCCGGCGGGGCGGUUGGUAGUGCUGCUGCCCCUGGCGGGUGGGUACAGCCCGGCCCUCAACGCCGCCUGCCAGCACCUGGCCGGGACGGGGGCUGUGCUGGUGGCCGCUGCCGGCAACUUCAGGGAUGAUGCCUGUCUCUAUUCCCCGGCCUCAGCUCCCGAGGUCAUUACUGUUGGGGCCACCAAUGCCCAGGACCAGCCGGUGACCCUGGGGGUCCUGGGGACCAACUUUGGCCGCUGCGUGGACCUCUUUGCCCCAGGGGACGACAUCAUUGGUGCCUCCAGUGACUGCAGCACCUGCUUCACAUCACAGAGUGGGACGUCACAGGCUGCCGCCCAUGUGGCUGGCAUUGUGGCUAGGAUGCUGACUGCUGAGCCGGAGCUCACCCUGGCUGAGCUGAGGCAGAGGCUGAUCCGUUUCUCUGCCAAAGACGUGAUCAAUGAGGCCUGGUUCCCCGAGGACCAGCGGGUGCUGACCCCCAACCUGGUGGCUACACUACCCCCCAGCACCUAUGGAGCAGGUGGGCGGCUGUUCUGCAGGACCGUGUGGUCGGCGCACUCGGGGCCCACGCGGAUGGCCACGGCCGAGGCCCGCUGCGCCGCCCCCGAGGAGCUGCUGGGCUGCUCUAGCUUCUCCAGGAGCGGGAAGCGGCGGGGCGAGCGCAUUGAGCCUUUUCUAAAGCAGGUUCCCGUUUCUGUCUUUGGCUCUCAGGCCCGAGGGGGCAGGCGCGUCUGCCUGGCCCACAACGCGUUUGGGGGUGAGGGUGUCUACGCCGUUGCCAGGUGCUGCCUGCUGCCCCGGGCCAACUGCCGUGUCCACAUGGCUCCGCCAGCUGGGGCCGGAGUGCAGACCCAGGCCCGCUGCCCCCAGCGGGGCCACGUCCUCACAGGCUGCAGCUCCCACUGGGAGGUGGAGGACCUUGACACCCCCAAGCGGCCUGUGCUGAGGCCACGGGGUCAGCCUGACCAGUGUGUGGGCCACAAGGAGGCCAGCAUCCACGCUUCCUGCUGUCACGCGCCGGGUCUGGAGUGCAAAGUCAGGGAGCACGGGAUCCCGGGCCCUGCAGAGAAGGUCACCGUGGCCUGCGAGGGAGGCUGGACGCUGACCGGCUGCGGGACCCUCCCCGGAGCCUGCCCCACCCUGGGGGCCUACGCGGUGGACAACACGUGUGUGGUGAGGGGCCGGGACAUCGGAGCAGGAGGCAGGACGGGCGAGGAGGCCGCCGUGGCCGUCGCCAUCUGCUGCCGGAGCCGGCCCUCAGGGGAGCAGGCCUCCCAGGAGGCCCAGUGACCGCCCUGCCCAGGACGCAUGCAUGGGGAAGGGGCCAGGGCCUGGGGGCCGUGGUCUCGGGCCUCGGCUGAGCUUUGAAGUGGUUCCUCCUUCCCCCUUCUUCAGCCUGGACCCCAGGGAAGAGGAUACCUCUUGCUUCUGGAGCUCUCGCGCUGGCACUCGGGGUUUGCCGG